ACCGCUGGGCCUGCGGAGACCGCCCCCCCGGUUCGCCCGAGCUCGCCUGCUGCUCGCCAGCCCCCGCGCAAGGAGGAGAGGAUUCGCACGCUUCCGCGGUUGGCUACUUAGUGUCCCCAGCCUCAAGUUGCCUAACCCUGCGGCUGGCGUUCCUCAUACAGAUACGUCGUUUCUUUUGAAUACUCCCAAAGAAACAGAAUAGCCGUCAAGCUGGCGGAAGCAAUGGUUCACAUAAUGAAAGGCGAGCUGGCCCAGGAGGAGAAGGAGCUGCUGGAAGUCAUCGGAAAAGGUACUGUCCAAGAAGCUGGAACAUUGUUAGCCAGCAAGAAUGUUCGUGUCAACUGCUUGGAUGAGAAUGGAAUGACUCCCCUAAUGCAUGCUGCAUAUAAAGGAAAACUUGAUAUGUGCAAAUUGCUUUUACGACAUGGAGCUGACGUAAAUUGUCAUCAACAUGAACAUGGAUACACAGCCCUCAUGUUUGCUGCACUUUCUGGUAAUAAAGACAUCACAUGGGUAAUGUUGGAAGCUGGUGCUGAGACAGAUGUUGUUAACUCUGUGGGAAGAACAGCAGCUCAGAUGGCAGCGUUUGUGGGUCAACAUGACUGUGUGACCAUAAUCAACAAUUUCUUUCCUCGGGAGAAACUGGAUUAUUACACUAAACCCCAGGGGCUGGAUAAAGAGCCGAAACUGCCCCCAAAGUUGGCGGGCCCGCUGCACAAAAUUAUCACCACAACAAAUCUUCAUCCUGUCAAGAUUGUGAUGCUUAUAAAUGAGAAUCCUCUGCUGGCAGAAGCAGCAGCUCUGAAUAAAUGCUACAAGGUGAUGGAUUUGAUUUGUGAGAAAUGUAUGAAGCAAAGAGACAUGAAUGAAGUACUGGCUAUGAAAAUGCAUUACAUCAGCUGUAUCUUUCAGAAAUGCAUUAACUUCUUAAAAGAUGGAGAGAAUAAAUUGGACACUCUAAUCAAAAGCUUGUUAAAAGGCCGAGCUUCUGAUGGCUUUCCAAUAUAUCAAGAAAAGAUCAUUAGAGAAAGUAUCAGAAAAUUUCCUUACUGUGAAGCGACACUCCUCCAGCAGCUGGUGCGAAGCAUUGCUCCUGUUGAAAUUGGUUCUGAUCCUACUGCAUUCUCUGUACUUAGCCAGGCCAUCACUGGUCAGGUGGGUUUCGUGGAUGUUGAAUUUUGCACUACCUGUGGAGAAAAAGCAGCAAGCAAAAGAUGCUCAGUGUGCAAAAUGGUAAUAUAUUGCGAUCAGACCUGCCAGAAGACACACUGGUUUGCACAUAAGAAAAUCUGUAAGAAUCUCAAGGACAUUUAUGAGAAGCAACAGAUGGAAGCUGCCAAAGAAAAGAGUGAAGAGGAGAACAAUGGCCAACUUGCUGUCCAUCCUCAUUGUGUUAAUGAGGAGCAGCCGGAGGCUGAAAGGGGACUCCCCCCGGAGGACUGCCCCGCGGAAGAGUCUGUGGAAGGGGGGAAGGAAUCUCUGCAGAGGGACGCUGGGCUGCAAGGCUCAGGGGAUACUCCUGCAGGUCGGCAGGUAUCCGAGGAGUAAGCGCCAGGGCCAGGUGCCAGCGCGGACAGUGCUCACCCUGGGAGGUAGCUGGAGAACUCACGUGGCUGUGUCCUUGCCUGCAUACCUGCAUGGCACGGUGACAGGAUCCCACAUUUCAUGGAAUACGGGCUUUCCAGCAGCGCUCUGUCUGCCAUGCCCUGAUUUCCCACUGAUUCUGUUCUAUAAUUGGACAGAUAUUCCUAGAGAGAAAAAUUUUUUUUCAAAAUAUAGGAGAAACAUUUCUAUUCCCUUUCUGAGGUAGGCUUCCCCGCCAUUGUUCUCAAAGGAAAAUAAAUCCCCUUUUAAAGAAGAAAUAUAGUCUCUAGGGAACAAAUAGGCAAGCAGAACAGUUGUAGGAGAGAGGAGAUUUUCAGGAAGGAAAAAUUUUAUAGCCCUAGAGAUGGGUAGUCAAAAGAAUCAUAACUUAUAUAUAAAUAAAAUGCAUAUAAAUAGCAUUUACAAUAGUGAAGUUCUACUUAUUAAGGUGCUAUGAAAUGAAGAAAAGCUACAUGUUAAAGGAUCUAAUUGUUGUUUUCUUAUAGACUUAAUCCUAAGCAGUCUGAACUUUAUAUAGGUCCUGCAGUGACGUUUUAUCUAUAGUAUUUGUACCUUCAGAAAUGUCAGAUCCCCCAGGAAGAACUAAGGCAUAGCCACAGUUAUCUCAGCAUGUACAUUAAAAAAGAUGUUUGAUGAAAUUGUCAAUUAAACAGAGGCUAAAUAUACUGUGUCCACAAUUAUUAUAAAACCAACUUAUGUGCCAAUUUCCACUUGAAAGGCUCUUACCUUCCUGUAAGCUUUUCAUGUGGAGCUUCCUGUCCACAAACUGAUUUAUAACUGUCAUUUAUAGACUGUCCUGGCAUCAGUUUUUAGUGUCUGAGUAUUUAAAUAGAGCUAAAGUAUGAGAUCUGAAGAUACUGCUGUGUUUCAAAGUUCCUUGUGCUGAUUGUAAAAUAAAUUGUGCCUACUAAUAGAGCCAACUCA